UCCAAAAUGGCCACAUAUGAUGCUGCUGAUGAUGAUGGUAGUGGUGAUGGAGUUCGGCGACGUAUUUUACAAAAACUAAGUACGGAAGUGAGACAAAAUGAAAAAGUCGAUAACGAAGAACAACUACAGCAUGACCAAAAUGCAAAGGUGGUGCUCGAAUCGGGGUCAUUUUGGCUGACCAGGAUUGUUUUUCUCCGGGCAAUCGGUUUCAUCUAUUUCGUUGCAUUUCUUGUUGCCUUGCAUCAAAACAAGCAACUCAUUGGAGAAGAUGGCCUCCUCCCUGCGAAGGACUUCUUGGACAAGAUCAAGAAACACAGCAAAGAAGACAUGCGAGAGAUGCUGACGCACAUUCCUUCGGUGAUAUGGUUCCUCGACUAUGAAAACAACCUGAACUAUAUAUUAGAUGGAUUAGCUUAUCUCGGUAUGGUCAUCUCCGGGUUUGUGGUGCUGGGUGGUUGUGCUAAUAUCAUCAUGAUGUUGCUGUUGUGGGUCGUGUAUCAUUCCCUGGUCAAUGUUGGACAGCGUUGGUAUGGCUUCGGCUGGGAAUCUCAACUUCUUGAGACAGGAUUCCUAGCAGCAUUCUUCUGUCCUCUGCUGACUGUCAAGAAGCUACCACGGAGGACACCGACCCCGUUUGUUAAUAUCUGGGGAUUUAGGUGGUUGAUUUUCCGGAUCAUGAUUGGUGCGGGCUUGAUCAAGAUUAGAGGAGACAAGUGCUGGCGGGAUUUGACCUGCAUGAACUAUCACUAUGAGACGCAGCCAGUUCCAAACCCUAUAGCUUAUUACAUGCACCAGGAGCCUGAAGUGAUGCACAAGAUUGAGACAAGUGUCAACCACUUUGUGGAGCUGGUAGCGCCCGUACUCAUCCUCAUUCCAUUCCGUCCACUCUGCAUUGCCGGGGGUCUCAUUCAGAUACUUUUUCAAGUACUGCUGAUUAUAAGUGGAAAUCUUAGUUUCCUCAACUGGCUCACCAUCCUGCCCAGCCUCUGCUGCCUGGAUGACAAGUUCUUUGGGUUCUUCUUCUCUGACAGACCAGGGGGCAUCAAACAGCAAGUCCAGGAGAUACAGAGAGAAGAGAGGGAAGGGAACAUGCCUAGGAAGUCACUUGGCCAGAUCAUGCGUUUCCUCUUCAACCUGUCACUAGCCGUCCUCAUCGCAUAUCUGAGCAUCCCAGUUGUCCAGAAUCUCCUGUCCAAGAGACAAGCCAUGAAUACAAGCUUUGAUCCACUACGGCUUGUCAAUACGUAUGGUGCAUUCGGAAGUGUCACCAAAGAGCGAACUGAAGUGAUUAUUCAAGGGACCUACAGUAACAACCCAUAUGAUGAAGAUGUCAAUGCAUGGAAGGAAUAUGAGUUUAAAUGUAAACCGGGCAAUGUGACGCGGCGUCCAUGCCUAAUCUCGCCAUACCAUUAUAGACUAGACUGGCUCAUGUGGUUCGCUGCUUUCCAAAAUUACCAAUACAACAACUGGCUGGUCCAUUUAGCAGCCAAGUUGCUUGUCAAUGAUCCCGGUGCAACAUCUCUGUUAGAGAACAAUCCUUUUGAAGGCAAGAAACCUCCUAAGUUUAUUCGAGUGGAGCAUUAUCGUUAUACCUACACCAAGCUAGGGAGCAAUGAUGCCAAAAGGGGGCGUUGGUGGAAAAGGAAGCAUAUUGGAAACUAUUUACCACCGAUUAGCAUACCAGAAAUAAAGGAUUACCUGCGUCAGAUGGGCUGGCCGAUACCUAGGUUACCUAAGUAAAAAAAGAUCAAGACAUUUAAGAUUACUUAAAGGAGUAACAUUACAGACAAUAUUUACAAUUUUAUGAGUGUCAAAAGGACUCAUCCAUUUUACAGUGUGUCCCAAAAACAUAUCUUUCG